AUGUCUCACCGGAAGUACGAAGCCCCUCGCCAUGGCUCUCUGGCGUACCUGCCGCGGAAGCGUGCUGCCCGCCACCGGGGCAAGGUUAAGUCCUUCCCGAAGGACGACCCUAAGAAGCCCGUCCACCUGACGGCCGCCAUGGGCUACAAGGCUGGCAUGACCACGAUCGUCCGCGACCUCGACCGUCCCGGUGCGAAGGCUCACAAGAAGGAGAUCGUGGAGGCUGUGACAAUCAUUGAUACCCCACCUAUGAUAGUUGUGGGUCUGGUUGGUUACAUCGAGACUCCCCGUGGCCUGCGCUCCCUGACCACCGUCUGGGCUGAGCACCUGAGCGACGAGGUCAAGCGCCGCUUCUAUAAGAACUGGUACAAGAGCAAGAAGAAGGCCUUCACCAAGUACGCCAAGAAGCACUCCGAGAACAACGGCGCCUCCAUCACCCGUGAGCUCGAACGCAUCAAGAAGUACUGCACUGUCGUUCGCGUCCUGGCGCACACCCAGAUCCGCAAGACGCCUCUCAAGCAGAAGAAGGCCCACCUCAUGGAGAUUCAGAUCAACGGUGGCUCCGUCGCCGACAAGGUCGAGUUCGGCCACGGCCUCUUCGAGAAGCCCGUCUCGAUCGACUCCAUCUUCGAGAAGGACGAGAUGAUUGACGUCAUUGCCGUCACCAAGGGUCACGGUUUCUCCGGUGUUACCGCCCGCUGGGGUACCAAGAAGCUGCCGCGUAAGACCCACAAGGGUCUCCGCAAGGUCGCCUGUAUCGGUGCCUGGCACCCGUCCCACGUCCAGUGGACUGUUGCCCGUGCUGGUCAGAUGGGUUACCACCACCGUACCUCGGUCAACCACAAGGUCUACCGCAUCGGCAAGGGCGAUGCCGACGACAACGCCGCUACUGACGUUGAUGUCACCAAGAAGAAGAUCACUCCCAUGGGUGGUUUCGUCCGCUACGGCGAGAUCAACAAUGACUUCGUCAUGGUUAAGGGCUCUGUCCCCGGUGUCAAGAAGCGCAUCAUGACUCUCCGCAAGUCCAUGUUCGUGCACACCUCGCGCAAGGCCCUGGAAAAGGUCGAGCUCAAAUGGAUCGACACGUCGUCCGAGUUUGGUCAUGGUGCCUUCCAGACCCCGGCGGAGAAGAAGCAGUACCAGGGUACGCUCAAAAAGGAUCUGGCCGCCAGCUCAUAA